UCACUUGUCACACAUCAACAUUUCCAUUUGCAGAGGAUGCUGCUCCUCCUCCUUUCUUGCUUAGUUUUGACUGAAUCUGUGCAGGCUAACUUUAAAGGUCCCCCAGAGGAUGUAACUUUGUCAUGGCAGGAUCCUAUUAUGAUCAUUCAAACUUCAGAUCAGUAUGAUGGGACAAUAAAUAGCAAUUGCAUAAAACUUGUUUUGCAGCUGAAAAACAGAGAAGAAUUGGAAUGGCAGAGAACUAUUACAUCUUCAGAUUGUCAUGAUAUGGACUCAUCAACAACACACAUACAUUGCAGUUUCAACAAUCCAAAUCUGGAUCCAGAGAAGUGUUUUUAUAUGCAAUUGCAGUUUCAAACCGUGGAGGGUUGUAAAUGGUCAAUAUAUGAAAGCGAGUGGAGUAAUAACAUCUUCAUGAAGAACUACAGUCUAGUAGAGUCAUGUGAUGUGCCCCCAGCAGCCGGAGUGCAGACCUUCAUCAUUACUUUUUCAGUAAUUUCUACAGUGAUCAUAAUUAUUGUAGUAUUUCUCAGGUGUAAUAUGGAAAGAAUGAAGAAAUGUAUAUUUCCAAUUGUACCUGAUCCAAAGAAUUCAUUUCAUGACUUAUUUGACAGUCACAAUGGAUACUUGCAGGAAUGGGUAAAGACUGAAGCCAAUGACACUCAUCAUGAAGAAGUAGAGUGCGUCAUGGAUGAAAAGAAUGAUGAGCCUGUAUUAACGUAUGUGAAAGCAAAUGAGAUUGUGAUGCCAGUAAAUCAAUCUGAUAUCGAGAAACAAGAGGACAAAGCUUCUAAUGUUUGCUUCGGGAAUAUAAACUUUACAAUGAAUGAAAGUAUGUAUGUAAUGCUUUAGAUCUCAGGGUACUUGAUAUAGAUAUGCUAAUUACUUUUGAAGCAAUAUUAAAGGGGACUGCUUGCUUUACCCAGCACUUUAUUAUAUACUCUACUAGGGUAUGCUAUGCUAAAAGGAUGGGGGUGCCCUGUAGGAAAGGCUUGGUUUUGGUGGUCCACAGAUCCCCAUAAUUUAUAUUGACACCCCAGUCUUCAGCUGCUGGCAGGAUGUAAAAUUAGUGCUACAGUAAAAUUCUGCAGUUUCUUUCCAUAAAGACAUUAUUCAUGGACCCUUACCCUUACUGUUUUCAGACACCUUCUAAUGGUCUGCAUUAAGUCUAAGAGCUCUGACAGAUGCAGGAAUGUCAUACUACAAUUACUGACUUCACAGAUGUAUUAAUCUUUUAGACAGUGUAAAUGUCAAUGUAGCUCAUCCUGGAAAAUAAAUAAAACUAUAUAACACACUAGUUUGGUGCAAAAUGGGGCAUUAUAAUUCAGACCUCAUUUCCCAAUCAGCUACACCCCUUGACGAGCUAGGUGCAAUGUAUUUUUCUAAAACUAGAUGCACCAAACUGCCAAAGUUUAGCACAUUUUAGGACAAGGUCUAGGCACAAUCACAUUUGUAAAUGUAAUUCUGUAUAUAUACAGGAGAAUGCUUUGUAUUGUCAGAACAGAUCCAGUUUAUCCAUAGUAU